AUGGCUGGUGGAGUCAUCUUGGGUUUCACGGCUUUCUGCCAAGUCCAUCUUGCUUCCGGUAUCUCACCACAGUGGACAGCUGAGGGCACUGUGUACGUUCCUCAGUAUUUCUCUGGAGGCCCAAUUGAAAUGCAAAUGUUUUUACUGGGAUCCUGGGAAGGGGACCUAACCAAAACACACCUAUUGGCUACCACUGUAGAUGGAGCAAGACUGAGAGACCAUAGGGAAGGCAGGACUCAGUGGGGAUGGAGAGAUUUGAAGACAGACCCUGUUCACCAGCUUCUCAUGCAGGAAGUCUUGGUUAGACUGAGGGUUGCCCAGUGCAAUAUCCCAACAGCCCAGCCUUGA